GAAAAGGCUACUCUUUGGAACGCCGAUGAACAACUCAACAUUUGUCUGCUUUCUCCGAUCCCUCGCUCCAAGUCCCAAGGGUUAAAGGCUAGAAUUAGGGUAAUGAUUUUGAAAAUAAGCGGCGGAAACGUUAUACGCUUUGUCCACAAGCACAUAAGCUUCCAAACAAACGCGACUUGUAUCCAAUCGCUUCUAAACGCCACUUGUCGCGUCACAGUGACAAAGAGGGAGAUGGUGACACUGAUCGUAGCCACCACCUCCGACCCAGCGUCGAUCAAUCCCGCGGCGGCGCUUCUCGCCAUGCCGGGAUGGACCGCCGGACCCAUUUUAUCGCCGGACAUUAAGAGUUUCACUAAUCAGCAAACGAGAGUGAUCCAACACGAUAAAUCGAUUGUGAGAGAAGACGAUCUCGAUUUACGGUGGGAAGAAGCAACCGGUGAAGCUGUGGACGAAGUUAUCUUCCUCAGCCGUCACACCGCCGUCUCGAAUCGCCCUGCUCUCACUGUUCAUCCGAUUGGAGUGCUUCACCUGAAAGAAGGAGAAUCGCCGCCGCAAGGAGGAAAGCCGGGAUGGGCGGCGUUGACAAGCCCUAGAAUUGGUCCAUGGUUUCGUCUUUUGAAGAAAAUGGCUGAAGCUCAUAACUUAGUUCCUGAGUUUGAGAUAACAUUGGAAGGUACUCAUCAUGGACCUAUAACUAGCAAGCCAACGAUGUUUUUGGAGAUCGGACUUGGGCUUGGAGGCGGUGAAGCUGUGGGAAACUGGAACAGUGAAACCGGGAAGAGGAAAGUUCUUUUAGGGAUUGGAGGUGGACAUUAUGCUCCUCGUCACAUGGAUAUAGUUCUGAAAGAUGAUAUUUGGGUAGGCCAUUUGCUUUCCGGAUACUCAAUACCAAUGGAAGAACCAAAACCCGGAGAGAGUGACAUUGGUGGAACUUGGAGACAAUCGAUCAAAGCAGCAUUUGAAGCUACUAAAGCAUCAUUCCCUGGAGGCGAGAUCUUGGCCCAUCUUGAUCAAAAGAGCUUCAAAGGAUGGCAAAGGAAGGCUAUUACAGAUUUCUUGGCAGAAGAGAACAUCAAUGUAGGGAAGCCAAACGAUUUCACA